AUGUGGGCUUGCUGCAAGCUCGCGGGGGUGGGUGUGUGUGUGUGUGUGUGGUUCGCACUCUGCUGUUGCGCCCCCCCAAAAAAAGCGGUUCGCGGCCCAGUGUCAGCGUGUUCGUUUGGCCUGAUGGGGUUUAGCGCGGUACCCUCUCAAACGCGUUAA